AUGUCCCCAGACGAAUUUCAGCCACUGCAGCUCAAGGGCGAGAUCAUGGACCUCGAGUUCACCCUCGACACCGACCACAGGAAAAGGAGGAGGAACCGUACUACGCAGAGCUGCCUGAAUUGCCACACUUCCAAACGGAAGUGCGACAGAAAACGACCGUGUCAACGAUGUAUCCAACUAGGACUGACAGGGCUUUGUGUAUACGAAAUCGACGACCCAGCGCUACGAGACGACCCUAGCAUUGACGAAAGCACGCGUCUGCGAAAUCGCAUCGCAGAGCUCGAAUCACUCGUGCGCGAGCUGAGAGGCAAACCACAUCCACGGUGGGCCGACUCAAACUUCCGUGACGGCGACCCCAACGAAAAAUGGCACUCAAGAGCAACUAAAUGUAUUCCCCUCCAGAAACGCAACACGCUUCCGCACACCUCACAUCCGCACCAACAAGGCGGGGGCAACCCCGACGACCUGCUUGACCGAGCCGAUCCCAGAAUCGACGACGGCGCCCCACCUGUACCGCUUCUCACCCUCGCCUGCGCCGUCGAUGCGCAUCAGCAGCAGCAGACGUCGUCAGGGUACUCGGACGGCGGGGGAGGUGGCGGGGCGUCGAACGGGUACGCGAUGUCCGGCAGCGACGAUGGGAGCCAUGGCGGGUACGGGGAGCAUUAUGGGAAUGCGGCGGCGUCGACGCCCUGUGGUUGCCGCUCAAACCCUGCGCUGGCGAUUGCGUACAUGACGCUCUCGCAGACCCUGCAGAGCUCGCUGAAUUCCUUGCGGCAGUACAGCCACCACCCUCCGGGCACGCAUUGCACGCUCUUCCGGAGAAUCGUGGAGCUGAAUCAUUCGCUACAUAGUGUGAACGACAACAAUCCUGGGCUCGUAGCAGCCUCGUACGACAGCGGCCCACCCUCGGACAACGAGAUCAUGACGCCUCUGUCCGCAUCGAGUGGGCACGCCUCCUUCCACACAGGGUCCCCCGGCGUCUCACCGCAGGAAUGGAACCACAUGGCCGCCGCAGGGUUCAACCCCUACUUCCCUGCUCCCGACCACCAUGGCGUGUACAGCGUCAACCAUGUGAUGACCUAG